AUGGCGGAAAAUCGUGAGUUGAACUCACAAAAUAACAAAGUUGAAAGAAAGGUGAUGGAGAAAAAUCGCAGAAACAAAAUGAAAUCACUUUACACCAACUUGAAUUCCCUCCUCCCAAUCUCUCACUCAAAUGAACUACCACUAACCGUGUUGGACCAGAUAGACAAAGCAAUAAAGUACAUUAAAUCAUUGGAGAUAAACUUGAAGAAGGAUGAGGAGAAGAAGGAGAGACUUUUGAGAAAGUCGAAAUUGUCGUCGUCGUCGUCGUCAUACACAGCAUUGUCGAUGAGCCCGAAUAGGAAUGUACCUGAACUGAAAAUCAAAGAAAUGGGUUCUGCUGUGGAGGUGGUUUUAACGACUGGGUUGGAGGAUCGGUCUAUAUUUUAUGAGAUUAUUCGUAUCUUUGAUGAGGAGAGAGUCGAGAUCAUCAAUAUUAGUUAUUCCAUUCUAGAAAAUACCAUCAUAUAUUCACUCCACACUGAGAUUGAAGACGUGGUGUAUGAAUUUGGAGGAACAAAACUGAUAGAGAGACUAAAAAAAUUGGUUCACGAACCCAACAAUGAUCCAGAAAUACAGGCGGUGGCAGUUUCCAGCAGUCACGGCGGAACCAAUUUUCCGGCGGACGUUCCGACGAUGAGUUCCGAUUACAAUUUUUGGAGCCACUAG